UGACUAUCACAAGAAACAGGAUGCCCUCAGAGCACUUCAGAAGAAAGCUCUGGACAAGAAUCCCGAUGAAUUCUACUUUAAAAUGAUACGUGCAGGGCUCCAGGAUGGAGUUCAUGUAAUAAAGCAGCCAAAGGAUGAAGUGACCCCCGAGCAGGUGAAGUUGAUGAGGACGCAGGAUAUUAAAUAUGUGGAAAUGAAAAGGGUGGCAGAAGCCAAGAAAAUCGAGCAGCUGAAGUCGGAGCUCCAUCUGCUGGGAGCUGAGGUGAAGAAGCCCAACAAGCACGUGUUCUUUUUUGAUACCAAAAAAGAAGUCCAGAAUUUUGAUAUUGCAACUCAUCUGGAUACUGUGCCAGAGCUCGUGGACAGAGUGUACAACCGACCGACCAUCGCAACGUUGCAGGAAGAGGCGCUGAAAGGAGCUACUGAACCUGCCCACUUAAAGAAAUUAGCCCGGCAACGGAAGAAUCAGUACAACCUCCUGAAGCAGCGCAUUGAGAGAGAAAAGGCCAUGUUUGUUAUUGCACAGAAAAUCCAGACACGUAAAGAUCUUUUGGACAAAACUCAUAAAGUAAAGGUGAAGAAAGAGACAACAGAUGGUCCAGCUAUUUACAAAUUCAAGUUUCAGCGGAAACGUUAG